UAAAGGCUACAAGUUGCCCCCCCCCCCCUAAGUCAACUUUGAUGACAACAGACAUCCUAAUGUCCCCACUAUUUUCUCUUCCCCUUGUAAUUACCCUUUGGAAAAUUCGGAUAGUUUAAACAAAAAAAAUAAUUCGGACAAGGUCCCCCUUAAAUCAGAAAUUAAUUUGUGUGAGACCCACAAGCCAACCUCUACCACAUUUUCUUUUGAGAAUCCAAUGGAAAUCUAUGGCUCUGUAACUCCCUCCGCUAGCAACUCUAACUCUGACAAAAGCCAUCAUUUCUUUUUUUUCGAUUGAGGUGACCAAAGUCGUCGCAUCAAUUAACUCCACCGAUAAUACUUCUUUUAACCCAUUGUUGGAGAGACAAUGUACUACUCAGUCCCUUUCUUUCUCUAGCAAUGGGGAAUCUGGUGUCUGCUACCCCACCAUCGAAGGAACCCCUGAUCUACGUUUCAGCUCCACACCCUCCAAAAAGAGCUCCAACAUCUUGGGCAGAGCUCACCUUGUGAGCGAGAAUAAUAACUCACUGCAUAAAGAUAGGAGACCAAACCUGGAACUUAGUCCCAUGGAACUCCCAGCUCCAUAGGGAGGAAGCCAAGGUUUGGGAGAACCAUCAAUGCUCAAAAUUCUUCUAGAAAAUAGCCAAAAACUAGAGCAUAUACUCGCAACCUUUGUUGAACCAACUUUAGAUCACUUCCUCCUGGAAAAACCACUAGUCAAAGAAUUUAGCGAGCUCUCCAACACGACUACUAUAGCUCACUGUCUGAAAGAGAUGAGACUAUACUCUCUGAUUCUAAAAAAAUAUGGGGGACAACACUCCACCAUCAUCCACAGUGAGCCCCUACAAAGGACAAGCACAGACACGUCAGGUGGGAAAAGGGAAGAGUCUGUUAAGCAACCACCAUCGAAUUCAAACUUAAUGAAUCUCAUCAUUUGGAACACGCGGGGAGCUAAUAGUGAGAUCUUCCGCAGGCAAUGCGAUGCCCUAAUCAAAACUCAUAAGCUUACAAUGCUUGUUCUUUUAGAGACUAAGAUGGACGAGCAUAAAGCUCUCACUCAAGUCCUCAAUUUUGAUGCAUGCAUCCAGUUUAGUGCCUCGGGGAUGAAGGGUAGAAUUAUGGUGAUGUGGAAGGAAGACUCCCUUAAGCUGGACAACAUUUCCAUUUCCAUCCAAGGAAUUCAUGUCAUGGUUAAGAUCCUUAAUGAUGUAGCUGAAUGCAACAAUGUCGGUGUCUAUCUUUAGGGAGAAAAACUGUGUAGCUGACAUACUUCCUAAAGCCGGAGCAAGGGUGGAUCUUUUUGGAAGCUUACAUGUAAUUCUAGUUCCACCAGUGUUUGUUCUAGAUGUGCUUAAGGUAGAUACUAGGGGAACUCUCUAUGCUAGACAUGUUAGACAAUCUACUAUUCUCUUACAAAGCCGGGAUGUGGUUGAAACCUCUAUUUUGUUCGACCAAGAAAGGGUCGAUGCUACUAUGUCAAACUUUAUGAUUUAAUCUAUGUUAAUCCAUCCUUUAAACAAAAAAAAAAACUUUAUGAAACUUCACUUUUUUUAUUCUUUUCAAGGUGUACUACUAGUAUUCCUAAAAAAUGACCAUGCACGACACCACUUUUCAGUAGUACUCCAACCCCACUUUUCAGUCGUACUCCAUUACUAUUUCUAUAAGUAUACUACUUAUUCCUUCAGUACUUUUCACUUGCUCCAUAUAGUAUUUCAAAAAAUAUGAAUAUUAAUAUGCAAAACACAUCUAUCGUUAAUGAAUCAUUUACAAAAAAUUGAAGAUUCGAUGAAGAUUGUAGUUGAUGAUUCAACAAAAAAGAUUGAGAAUUUUGAUUUGAAGAACGUCAAAGAUUGUGGGUUCGACUUAAAAAAAUUUUUAGUAGAAAGAGAGGAAGGAUUUGAAGACGGAGAAUUUAGAAAAAAUGUAUGCAAAAUGGUUGAAAAUAUUGCUUCCUAGAUUUUGUUGAUCUUGGAGUAUAAUCUAUUUAUUUUA